CCCGUCCCACCCAACAGCCAUCUCUCCGUCGUCGACGCCUUCUUCAACCUUCGUUUUCUUCUUUUAUUCCAACUUUCUCUCUCUUUCUUCCACAAUAGCCUGACGCAGAAAGUAAGAGAGAGAGAAAGAGAGCGUGUGUGAGUGUCAAAGCAGAGCAUUAAUGGCGUCGACCUCCUUAACUUUCUGUACCUCGCAGCUCCGACCCACAAAGCAUAACCACAGUGCGUCCCGCCGCGGACCUCCCGCGCUGCGCCUCCCCGCCCGCCGCCGCCGCAUCGCCGCCUCCGUGUCGGACAAGCCGGCUGCGCCCCCGGCGGUUGUGGCCUCCCCGCUCGGGCCGGGGCCGGGGCCUGACCCCAAGCCCAAGCUCCCCCUCCGGAAGAUCCCGGGCGACUACGGGCUGCCGCUGGUGGGGCCCUUCAAGGACCGCCAGGACUACUUCUACAACCAGGGGCGGGACGAGUUCUUCAAGUCCCGCAUCCAGAAGUACGGCUCCACGGUGUACCGGGCCAACCUCCCGCCCGGCCCGUUCAUCUCCCAGAACCCGCGCGUCGUCGUCCUCCUCGACGGCAAGAGCUUCCCCGUCCUCUUCGACAUCACCAAGGUCGAGAAGCGCGACCUCUUCACCGGCACCUUCAUGCCCUCCACCGAGCUCACCGGCGGCUACCGCGUCCUCUCCUACCUCGAUCCCUCCGAGCCCGCCCACGCCAAGCUGAAGAAGCUCAUGUUCUUCCUCCUCAAGUCCCGCCGCGACCACGUCAUCCCCGAGUUCCACUCCAGUUUCACCCAGCUCUUCGAGAACCUCGAGGCCGACCUCGCCGCCAAGGGCAAGGCGGGCUUCGGCGAUGCCAACGACCAGGCCGCUUUCAACUUCCUGGCCCGCUCGCUCUACGGGGUCAAUCCGGCGGACACCAAGCUCGGGCUCGACGGGCCGAAGCUGGUCGGCAAGUGGGUCGUGUUCCAGAUCGGCCCGCUCCUCACCCUCGGCCUCCCGAAGCUCGUCGAGGACCUCGUCAUCCACACCUUCCGCCUCCCGCCGUUCCUCGUCAAGGAGGACUACAAGCGGCUCUACGACUUCUUCAACUCCUCCUCCGGCUCCGUCCUCGACGAGGCCGAGCGGAUGGGGAUCUCGCGCGAGGAGGCUUGCCACAACCUCCUCUUCGCCACCUGCUUCAAUUCCUUCGGAGGGAUGAAGAUCUUCUUCCCCAACAUGAUCAAGUGGAUCGGGCGGGCCGGGGGGAAGCUCCACGCCGAGCUGGCCAGGGAGAUCCGAUCGGCUGUCCGGGACGCCGGAGGGAAGGUAACGAUGGCGGCGAUGGAGCAGAUGCCGCUGAUGAAGUCGGUCGUCUACGAGGCCCUCCGGAUCGAGCCGCCGGUGCCGCUGCAGUACGGGAAGGCGAAGCGGGACCUGGUCAUCGAGAGCCACGACGCGGCGUACAAGGUGAAGGAGGGGGAGAUGAUAUUCGGGUACCAGCCGUUCGCCACCAGGGACCCGCGGAUAUUCGAGCGGGCGGAGGAGUUCGUGGCGGACCGGUUCGUGGGGGAGGAAGGGGAGAGACUGCUCCGGCACGUGCUGUGGUCCAACGGGCCCGAGACCGAGAACCCGACCCUGGGGAACAAGCAGUGCGCGGGGAAGGACUUCGUGGUCCUGGUGUCGAGGCUGCUCGUGGUGGAGCUGUUCCUCCGGUACGACUCGUUCGACAUCGAGGUCGGGACGUCGGCGUUGGGGGCGUCGGUGACCCUCACGUCGCUCAAGAGAGCCUCCUUUUGACCAUCCAUCUACUCCCAGUAGGUUAAAAAAAAAAAUCUGAGCAUAUGUUUUUAGCUACUUCUCGAGUAAUUUUGCUCGUGUAAAGUGACUAAAAUUUUUUGAGAUUGGAAAUAACCUAACACGUGCUCGAAAGCAGAUAGUGGGACUUUGAUCAAUGGGUCCGUCCAAUGUUUGGGAUAGUGGGGGAAGAAGGACUUAGCAGCUAGCCUUUCUUUGAAUCGCGCGUAUAAAUAUUUGGGUUAGUGGUUUUGUCUUUGUUU